CAGUGGUUCCUGGAGAACAGUGAGAUGCAGUGAGAGACUUGCCAGGCUCUUUUCACUUUGUGUGUCACUGAUGGAUCGGCUCGUCGACUCCUAUGAAGAACACACAUAUUAAUAAUUAUAAGGACAAUGGAUAACUUUUUCACCGAGGGUUGUCGUGUGUGGCUCUGGGUGGAGGAUCAUUAUGUGCCCAGUACUGUGGACUCGUGCUCUGGUGGAGUGGUGGUCUUUAACACCGACUAUGGACAGGUGUACACCUAUAAACAGAAUGCAGUGAGCAGACAGAGAGUGUAUCCAAUGCACAACAGCAGUAUCACUGGGGUCGAGGACAUGGCAACCCUACAGGACCUGCACGAUGGGGCCAUUCUACACAACCUGCACCUGCGCUACACACAGAAGAGCAUAUAUACAUAUAUCGGCUCUAUUUUAGCAGCAGUAAACCCAUAUCAGUGUCUGUCUGAGCUGUAUGAUGUCACAGCAGUAAAACGAUACAGUCGACAUCACCUGGGCGAGAUUCCACCUCACAUCUACGCCAUAGCUAACGAAUGCUACAGAUCACUGUGGAAACGCUCAAACAACCAGUGUGUGCUCAUCAGUGGGGAGAGUGGAGCAGGUAAAACGGAGAGUACGAAGCUGAUUCUGCGCUUUCUGUCUGCAAUGAGUCAGCAAAGUGUGGAGCUCUCAGCAACAAAGGCUGCAUCAUCUCAUGUAGAAGAGGCAAUUCUGGAGAGCAGUCCUAUAAUGGAGGCUUUUGGAAAUGCUAAAACGGUUCAUAAUAACAAUUCUAGUCGAUUUGGGAAAUUCAUCCAACUUAAUUUCAGCCAGCACGGAAACAUCCAGGGAGGAAAGAUAACAGACUACCUACUAGAAAAGAAUCGAGUUGUGCGUCAGAAUCCUGGUGAAAGAAAUUAUCACAUAUUCUAUGCUCUGUUGGCUGGAACCAAUGCAGAACAGAGGGAGACGUUCUCUCUCUCCCCGCCGGAGAACUUUCACUAUCUGGGUCAGUCAGGAUGUGUGAAGGACAAAGCCAUUAAUGACACUGAGACUUUUCAGGAAGUGCUGAUUGCUCUAAGGACGAUGCAGUUUGGAGAAGAGAACAUCAAGGAGGUUUUGAGACUCCUGUCUGGAAUUCUGCACAUGGGGAACAUUCAGUUUUUAACAGCAGGUGGAGCUCAGGUCUGCUCUAAAACGGCUCUGAGUAAAGCUGCAGAUCUCUUGGGGUUGGAUUGUUCCCAGCUGGCUGAAGUUUUGACCCACAGAUCCAUGAUCCUCAGAGGAGAAGAGAUCAGCACACCUCUUACUGUAGAGCAGGCGGUGGACUCACGGGACUCCAUGGCGAUGGCUCUCUACUCUCAAUGCUUCACAUGGAUCAUUCGUAAAUUAAACAGCCGUAUCAAUGGCAAUGAAGACUUUAGAUCCAUCGGCAUCCUGGACAUCUUCGGGUUUGAGAACUUUGAGGUGAACCGGUUUGACCAGUUCAACAUUAAUUAUGCAAAUGAGAAGCUACAGGAGUAUUUCAAUAAACAUAUUUUCUCACUUGAACAGCUGGAGUACAACAAAGAAGGGCUGAUUUGGGAUGAUGUCAACUGGAUGGACAAUGGAGAAUGCCUUGAUCUCAUUGAAAAGAAGUUGGGUUUGCUUGCUCUCGUCAAUGAGGAGAGUCAUUUUCCUAAAGGCACAGAUGACACACUGCUGGAGAAACUCCACAGUCAGCAUUCUAGGAAUCAGUUCUAUAUUAAACCCCGUGUUGCAGUUCAUCAGUUUGGAAUCAAGCACUAUGCAGGAGAGGUUGUGUAUGAUGUCAGAGGAAUCCUGGAGAAGAACAGAGACACUUUCAGAGAUGACAUUCUCAACUUACUCAGGGAGAGCAGGUUGGAUUUUGUGUAUGAUCUCUUUGAGCGAGUGAACACCUGGAAAGGGCAGGACACAGUUAAGUGCAGCUCAAAGUAUCGUAGACCAACAGUUAGCUCUCAGUUUAAGAAUUCAUUGCACUCUCUGAUGUCCAACCUAAGUGCCUCCAAUCCGUUCUUUGUUCGCUGUGUUAAACCCAACAACAACAAGAUGCCAGAUCAUUUUGAGCAGUCUGUUGUCCUUAACCAGCUGAGAUAUUCUGGGAUGUUGGAGACUGUUAAGAUCAGGCGCUCUGGGUUUCCAGUUCGGAGAACAUUCAAGGAUUUCUGCUUCAGGUACUAUGUGCUGAUGAGAGACGCGGCUUUGUCAGAUGACCUCAAGGGGCGAUGUGAACUCCUGCUGCAGCUCUAUGACAACAACAGUGCUGAAUGGCAGCUGGGAAAGACCAAAGUGUUCUUGAAGGAGAGUUUGGAGCUGCGGUUAGAGAAACAGAGAGAGAAGGAAGUGCUCAAAGCAGCAUCUAUUAUCCAAGCUUAUAUACUUGGCUACAGCGCACGGAGGCAAUACAGACGACUGUUGCAAUGCAUUGUGGUAAUUCAGAAAAGCUUCCGAUCAUUUUAUUGGCGGCGACGCUUCCUGAAGAUGCGCUGGGCCACCAUCACCUUACAGAAGAGACUCCGAGGUCAAAGGGCACGACGGCUUUGCACUCACCUUCUGGAGGAGAAGAGGAGGAGAGAAGAAGAGGAGAAGAGGAGGAAAGAAGAAGAGGAGAAGAGGAGGAGAGAAGAAGAGGAGAAGAGGAGGAAAGAAGAAGAGGAGAAGAGGAGGAGAGAAGAAGAGGAGAAGAGGAGGAGAGAAGAAGAGGAGAAGAGACGAAGAGCAGAACAGGAGGCGCUAGAGAGAGAAAGACAGCAGCUGGAGUUGGAGCUCCUGGCACGAGCGGCGGAGGAGGCUCGAAUAUUGGAAGAGAUUCAAAAGGAGGAGAUUCAAAAUGUCUUACCUGAAAGUACCACACCAGACAGUAUUUCACCUGACACUGUCCCAUCUGAGUCUGACCUUGUACCAGAGCGGUCAUUGGCAGAGAAUGUGUUCGACAAGGUGUCUGUGAGCGAGGCAAACGAAGCAUCACAGGUGGAGGAAAUAUUGCGUUUGGAGCGUGAGAUUGAAGAUCUGCGACGGCAGAAGGAGGCUCAGGAGCAGAGUCUGACUGAGCAGUCGAUGCAGCGUCUGCAGUGGCUUCGCGAUCAGGAGCUGCGCAGGCUUGAAGAGGAGGCCUGCAAGGCUGCUCAACAGUUCCUCACCUCGCUCAACUUCGACGAGAUCGAUGAAUGCGUACGCAACAUUGAGAGCUCACUGGGGGAGUCUGGUGGCUCACAGCAGGGGAGUGAAAGAGGUGAGGAUGAAGAGGAAGUGGAUGAAGGCCUCGGGGUGGAGGAAGAUGGAUUUAAAGACUCGCCGAAUCCCAGCGAGCAUGGCCACUCUGAUGGGCAGCGUACCAGCGGAAUACGCACCAGUGACGAUUCCUCAGAAGAAGAUCCUUAUGCUAAUGAUCGUAUGCCUCCACCACCUGUUCCACCCACCAUCAUACCCUCAGCCUAUCACGGUCUAUCCUCCAGCAGCAGCUCCGCCUACUCUCAUGUGGUUCAGGAGGGGGAGGCGGAACUAAUCCCACCAGAUGAAGACUCUGAUUAUGAUGCAGAUGAUUAUGAUGAGGGUGGCAUUAACAUGCAACCUCCCAGCCUCCCACCUCUCAAUGACCACUGGUCACGUGACCACCGCAGCUCCUUUGCAACAAGCACCAGUGUCAGCUCAGGGGCGUAUCGCUUCAGUUCUGAGGGGCAACAGUCUUCAUUUGAGGACAGUGAGGAUGACUUUGAUAGGUUUGACACAGAUGAUGAAUCAUCUUAUCGGCGGGAUUCUGUUUAUAGCUGUGUCACUCUCCCCUACUUCCACAGUUUCCUUUAUAUUAAAGGUGGACUGUUGAACUCGUGGAAGCGUCGCUGGUGUGUGCUGAAAGAUGAAACCUUUCUGUGGUUCCGCAGCAGACAGGAGGCUCUCAAACAAGGCUGGCUGCUCAAAAAGGGUGGAGGGUCCUCCACUCUCUCUCGUCGCAACUGGAGACGCCGCUGGUUUGUCCUACGACAGAGCAAACUCAUUUACUAUGAGAAUGAUACAGAGGAGCGGAUGAAAGGCAUGCUGGACAUGCACGAAGCCAAAGAGAUUAUUGAUGUAACAGGAAAGGAGAAUGGAAUUGACAUUGUAAUGCCCGAGAGAACAUACCACCUCAUUGCAGAAACCGCAGAAGAUGCCAGUCAUUGGUUCAGUGUGUUGAGUCAGGUGCACACCUCAACAGAACAGGAAAUACGAGAGAUGAAUGAUGAACAAGCAAAUCCUCAGAAUGCUGUGGGUACGAUGGACGUGGGGAUGAUUGAUUCUGUAUGUGCUUCUGACAACCCAGAAAAGCCAAACUCCUUUGUGAUAAUUACAGCUCAUCGGGUGCUGCAUUGCAUGGCUGAAUCAGCAGAAGAAAUGCAUCACUGGAUUACACUGCUGCAGCGCACUAAAGGAGACACACGCGUACAGGGACAAGAGUUCAUUAUCAGGGGUUGGCUGUAUAAAGAGAUUCGGGGCAGCAGUCCUGGCAAUCUUAAACUGAAAAAGCGUUGGUUUGUGCUGACUCAUAAUUCGGUGGAUUAUUAUAAAAGCUCAGAGAGAAAUGCCCUGAAAUUGGGUUCUUUAGUGCUUAACAGCCUCUGCUCUGUGCUUGUUCCUGAUGAGAGGGUCUUCAAGGAGACUGGCUACUGGAAUGUAAGCGUGUUUGGCCGUAAGCAUUCGUACAGGCUGUACUCUAAGCUGCAGACAGAGGCUAGCCGGUGGGCCAGCUCUGUGCAGACCAUCAUCGACAGCAAACCACUCAUGGACACACACACGCAACAACUUUUACAGGACAUCAAGGAGAACUGUCUGAAUUCAGAGGUGGUGGAGCAAAUCUAUAAGAGGAACCCAAUACUGCGAUAUACACACCACCCUCUGCACACUGCACUGCUGCCCUUACCCUAUGGAGACACACAGCACAGCUCUGACAAAGGGAGAAGCUACAGCACACUUCAGGCUGAAGCCCUGAAGCUCUUCAGUGUUCUUCAUCAGUUGGAGGGAGAGGCCAAUCCCAUACCACACAUCCAGAAUCUCCUGCAGACAGUUCAUGACCUCCGACCUCUUAGGGAUGAACUCUUCUGCCAGCUCAUCAAGCAGACAGCACACCCCCCAAAGCCAGCUGGACCCGCCCACAUCAGUGGCUGGAGAAUCAUGGCCUGCAUGUGCUGCACAUUUAGCCCAGCCUCUAGAAGCAUCCUUAAAUACCUGAAAUUCCACCUGAAGAGGACACGAGAGCUGUACCCUGGGACAGAGAUGGAUCGCUAUGCUACAUUUUCCCAAGAUGCCUUGCGCCAUGUGCGUGGACGCGAGUACGUUCCUUCACAAGAGGAGUUGCGGGCCAUUCUCAGCAGACAGGAAAUGACAUCAACAGUCUACUGCCAUGGGGGAGGGUCUUGCAAAAUCACCAUUAACUCACAUACAACUGCAGGAGAGGUGGUAGAGAAGCUAUUGAAAGGUCUCUCCAUGGAGGAUUGUAGGAACAUGUUCGCUCUGUUUGAACAUAACAACACUACAGACAGAGCCAUAGAGAGUAAGGCAGUGGUGGCCGAUAUCCUCGCCAAGUUUGAGAAGUUGGCAAGUAAAGAACAGGAAGGAGAGGAAUGGAAGUUCUAUUUUAAACUUUUUUGCUUCUCAGAACCUGAGAAUGUUUCCAGCGAUAGUGUGGAGUUUGCAUUUAUGUUCGAACAGGCUCAUGAAGCUGUCAUCAGAGGUCAUUAUCCUGCCCCAGAAGAGACUCUACAGUUCCUAGCUGCUCUUCGGCUGCAGUAUCUGUUAGGAGACUGCACUUCCCAGAGUGCCAUGCCUGAGUUGGAGCAGGUGUUCCCUAUGUCCCGCCUGCUUGCUCGAGUCCAGCAGUCCGCACGGUGCUUUGCACCUGGCAACAGCAGUUCCACUCCAUCCAUAGAGAGGAAAAGAGGAAGUUUCUUGGAGGGCACGCUCAGGCGGAGCUUCCGAGGGACACUGGGGCGACAGCGCUCAGGGGAGGGGCCUGCAGCCCUAGAGACAUGGUUGCAAGAUGAGAAGGCGGGGCUGAGGAGUUGUUUGAUGGAGAAAUGGCGUAAGCUGCAGGGUAUGGAACAGGACCAGGCCAUGAACAAAUACAUGAACCUCAUCAAAGAAUGGCAGGGAUAUGGGUCUACUCUCUUUGAUGUAGAGUGUGUAGAUGGUGUGUAUCCAGGAGAGCUGUGGUUGGGCGUGAGUCGUAAAGGGGUGUGUGUUUACAAGCGUGGGGAGGCUUGGCCCCUGGAAGUGUUUCCAUUUGAGGUUAUUCUGUCCUUUGGUGCUCCGCAGUCCAGCAUCUACAAGAUCAGUGUGGAGGGACGUGAGCUGCUCUUCAACACCAACAUGGUGAUGGACAUUGCAAAGCUCAUGAAGGCUUACAUCAGUGUAAUAGUGAAAAAACGCUUCAGCACUUGUCAGUCCAUCAGCAGCCACGGCAGCAACUGGUGAUCUCUCACCCCGGACCUUUAACCCCACCACCAGCAUAUUUGUUAAACACACAAUGUGCCUUAAAUAGGACAGAUAAAUCACAAAAAUAAGUGACCCUUAAAUGCUUAGUGCAGAAGAAUCAUGUGUGUUAACCAAAGACAAUAUCAUGACACUUUCAAUAAGACACCAUCAUGUUCCGACAUGCACACACAUUCGAGAGAUUGUUGUGCUUGACACUGUGCCAUGCAUACAGGUCUGUCCACUUGGACCCUUAUGUUGCUUUAAUAUUCCUGAUUCCCAACACAUUUAUUUGGAAUUCUGCAGGCAGAACUCCAGCCAAAAAUAAACAGCACUCAAAUCCAGUGCCUUUAAACACACAAAUACACACACCCAUAUACAAACACACACAAAAAGUGCCCUGUAUGUCUGUUUUAUAUGUCACAAUGAAUAUGUGCAAUGUUUAUAUUGUAUGUUAUAUAUUUCUGAGGAGCUGUAUAUUUUAUAAACCUUUUCUGUGUAACUGCAGGACUGUGAUAAUGCUAUUGGAUUUAACCAAAACUCCCUCUGAUCAUAUUUUGUUUUUACUUAAGCCUAUAAAACACUUAAACAACAGGAACAUCUUUCUCAUUUUGUAUCUUUACUGUGUAUUAGUUUAUAGGCAAUAAAUGUAACAACAUUUCAAAAGGCUUUUACAUUCUAUUAAAACAUAAAUCAAGUCCAUCUUUGUUCUCUCUGUACUAUACAGACAAAGACGUGCAGUGCAUCUGUUUGAGCUGAAACAUUACAAGUGAAAGCACUUCAGAUUUCUCCUUGAUGUUUAUAAAAUCCAAAUUGACCCUAUUUACUUUCAUAAUACAUGUUCCUGGUCUUA